AUGAAGCGUCAAGCACAAAGCCCAGCUGGCGUGUCUUCUGAAGUGGAAGUGCUGAAAGCGCUGAAAAGUCUUUUUGAGCAUCAUAAGGCUUUAGAUGAAAAGGUUAGAGAGCGAUUACGGGUGGCGAUGGAGCGAGUAGCGACACUAGAGGAGGAAGUCACCUUCAAAGGGGAAGAGAAUUCAGGACUAAAAGCUCGACUUGCAAUGGUUACCGCUGAAGUUGAAGAGGUGCAGGUAGCUAGCGUUCUCACGUAG